GCAAACAAACAGAUCUAGAUCAAUAGUGACCUCCUACCUUAGUACAUUCUUGCACAAGUUAUUUGAAGACAGACAAACAAAAAUGAAGCCUCUAACAAAGCUGCUUUACUUUAUAUGUUUAAAUAACUUUCUUGAAAUGUGUAUGUGCACGUCAGAGCAUGACCAGGUUUUGUCCAUCACUGUGUCCACACAGGACCAUGUGGUCAUAAUGCAAAACGUGACCAGUCACAAUGGGACAGUUUUGUGGCAACCAGCUUCACCCAGUUACAUUACAACAAACUCUGAGGUUCACCUUUAUGUUCAGUCAACAAGUGUGGAGCUUGUCACCCAACUCUUACAACAACACCAAAUCCCUUUUACGGUUCUUGUGGAAAACACAGAAGAGCUGGUUGAGAUGCAGACCAGAAAUGAUUCGUCAGAUCCCCGCAGCGGUGGUGUAUACCAUGAGAGAUAUCAUUCUUUAGAGGAUAUCUAUUUCUGGAUCAAUCAGACCAGCCAGGAGCAUUCUGACAUGGUGAAAGUGAUUGACAUUGGAUCAUCAUUUGAGAAAAGGCCACUCCGAGUCAUGAAGUUGUCUGGAAGAAGGGGUGCGGUGAACAGGGCCAUGUGGAUGGACUGUGGGAUCCAUGCGCGAGAGUGGAUUGCUCCAGCUUUCUGCUUGUGGUUUGUCAACUAUGCGCUAAGAUUUUACUCCCACAACAGUGAAAUAACAGAGAUGUUGAAUAACAUGGACAUUUACAUCUUGCCAGUCAUGAACCCAGAUGGAUACAAGUACACUUGGACAACAGAUCGUAUGUGGAGGAAAAAUCGCUCUAUACUCAAAGAGGGAAGUGAAUGUGUUGGCGUUGAUUUGAACAGAAACUUUGAUGCUCGUUGGUGCACAAAGGGUGCAUCCAAUGAUCCGUGUGAUCCCACGUAUUGUGGUCAGUACCCCGAGUCUGAACCGGAGGCUGAGGCUGUGGCCAAGUUUCUGCGCUCUCAUAAAGACACAGUGAAGCUUUACAUUUCCAUCCAUUCCUACUCUCAGAUGCUCCUGUUUCCCUACUCCUGCUCCUACGAUGAAGCUCCAAACCACAAUGAGCUGCUUGAACUGGCUAAGGAAGCAUCGACAAAAAUACGCAGAUACUACAGGAAUCAUUAUAAAUAUGGUGCCGGAGCAAAAACCAUCUAUUUAGCCCCAGGAGGAUCUGAUGACUGGGCGUAUAACCUUGGCAUUAAAUAUUCCUUCACUUUUGAGCUUCAGGACCGUGGAAGAUACGGCUUUCUUCUUCCACCGAGUUUCAUCCCUCAAGCCUGUAAUGAAGCUCUAUUGGCAGUGAAGAUCACAGCCUUACAUGUCAUGAAGAACACACAAUGAUGGGCUUCUAACAAAAACAUAUCGCUGGUGCCCUUCUGAAGGAAAGUUAUCUUCACAUUUUAUGCCAUAAAAUAUUAUUAUUAGCCCUCCUUUAGCUAUGUUCGUCACUGGCUUCUGCAAAUAUCUAAACAAAUAACUAUGAAAAAACUCUUUAUUCAUUUAAGAAGUACAGUGUUUUUUCCAUUUCCUGAAACCCAAGGUUUCGGAAGAACAGCGAUGAUAUACUGUGCAUCACACAAUCAUAAGCUUUAGAAAGUUAUAUGAGCUAUGUGUAAACCUUUCUAUGUGGCUUAAGUUCAUUUAAAAAAACAGUACUGCAUAUCUGUGAAAAUAUAAACUGCAACAGCAAUUAAAGAGGUUAAGUGGUUGUACAAAAAAAUGCGCUCAUUCUUACC